GGGGUUGGGGUCCGCCCGUCUGGUCACGUUGCCACCCCUAGCGUUUCAUACAUAAAUUACUCUUAAAAACAUGUCACAAUGAUUUCCUUCCAACGAAAGUGCAAUGUCGCCAGACUCCUCAUCUCUCCGUUGCCUUCCUGUCGUUGGGAUUGAUAAUUGAUUCCAUAUAAAAUGAGUAGAGAGAGAAUUUUGAGAGAGAGAGAGUGAGAAUGGUGGUUUAGAAAGCCUUUGUCGAAGAUAGUAAGGUCUCGGGUCACAGGAGCCAUCAAGUGGGACCCCUAAUGUAACCGUUACCAAAAGUAUCCAUGCUAUUCGGGUCCUACCCGACCCAAUACAGACGCUAUAAAUAUUUUCCCUCCAAUUCAAACUCUCCCUGGGAAAAAGCUGUCCUCUCUUGGUGCUUGGUUGCCAUACUUCUUGAAGUAAACUUGGUUUUGACAUGAAUGUAUCAGUAAAUGGUGAGUCUAAUGUGCCUCCUGGAUUCCGUUUCCAUCCAACUGAAGAGGAACUCCUACACUACUACUUGAGGAAGAAAGUAGGGUACGAGAAGAUUGAUCUCGAUGUAAUUCGAGAUAUCGACCUUAACAAGCUCGAGCCAUGGGACAUUCAAGACAAGUGUAAAAUAGGAUCUACACCUCAGAAUGAUUGGUACUUCUUCAGUCAUAAAGACAAGAAAUACCCAUCUGGAACUCGAACUAACCGUGCAACUGCUGCCGGUUUCUGGAAGGCAACCGGUCGGGAUAAAGUCAUCUACAGCAAUUUGAAAAGAAUUGGAACACGAAAGACUCUCGUGUUUUACAGAGGGAGAGCUCCACAUGGGAAUAAAUCGGAUUGGAUCAUGCAUGAAUACAGGCUCGAUGACAACACUACUCAUGAUCCCAUCAUUGCCAGUAAUACUGUGGGAGACUUGGUGCCGGAAGAUGGUUGGGUGGUAUGUCGCGUCUUCAAGAAGAAAAACUACCACAAGGCUAUACAAAAUCCUUCCACUUUAAUCAACUCGAACAACAAUAAUGAUGUUCUUGAUCAGAUAAUCAUGUACAUGGGAAGAUCAUGCAAGCAACAGCAAAAUGAAUCAAACUUCAACAGCAACAAUAACGAGCAAUAUGACGGUUUCAUGCAUACGGAAAGUCCAAGUACCAAGUCACAAGCCAAGAACUCACCUUACAAUGAAGAAGAUUGCAGCUUUAAGGCCUUUGACGAUACCAUAACAGCAAUCGAACCUUCAUGCACAAAUCAACCUGGGGAUUAUAGCCACAGAAACGCUUUUGAUUAUUCGAAAAUUGGGUUGAUUGACUGGGCUGCACUCCACCCACUGGAUCAGCUCAUGAAUGGCGAAACAUCUGAGCAAUAUUCCAGCUCUGCCUAUGGUGAUCCCUACCAAGACUUGUCUUUUUCACUUGAUCAAUUGGUGAACACACGUACAGGUACAACAAAUCAAACUUCUCAAGUUUCAAGCCCUGAGACAGAUCGUUGGGGCCAUGCUCGAUAAUCACAGAGUACAUAGAAUGAGAGAGAAUUUUAAAUAAUAUAUGAACUGAUUUACAUAAAUACAGAUAUUUUGCUGUACAAAUUAAUAGAAUGGAAUAUCUAAUAUUGGAGCCUGAGAUGUCAAACAUUGUAUUGUUUUAUAUUUACCUA